AUGCUUUCAUCAAAUGCUACUUCAACUCCUGCUCCUACCUCACUAGACAUUGCCCAAUAUCAAUUUAUUUUACGAUUAGUCGUGAAUACAUUAGGUUUAACAAUACUCAUCACUGGUGUUCUAGGCAAUAUAAUCAAUAUUAUCACCUUUACCACAUUGGGUUACUAUAGGCAAAAUGCCUGUUGUCUCUAUAUUAUCUCAAGAUCGAUAUUCGACGAAUUUGUUCUCAUUUUCGGUCUUGGAACACGCAUUCUUAGUCAAGGUUUUCAAAUUGAUUUUACAGCGACAAGUAAUGUUUGGUGUAAAUUACGCGUUCCUAUCAUUUACAUCAAUACUCUUAGUUCAUAUACUUUUCUGUGUCUACAAUCAAUUGAUGCAUUCUUAGUCACAUCUCUAUCAACAUCCUUACGACAAAGAAGCAAUGUGCGAACAGCUCGUUAUCUACUUCUCAGCUUUCUAUUUCUUUGGAUAGUCGAAGAAUUACCGUAUUUGUUCUUUCAAGAGCUUAUCACUAGUUCUGGUGGAAGCAAACCGACAUGUGUAACAGUAAAUAUAGUCUAUGCUAAAUAUCGUACUUAUUUCGUAUAUCUAUUUUUAACUACAAUUGUUCCACUCAUUGUAAUAAUUGUAUUUGAUCUUUUAACUUAUCAACAUCUUCAUAUACACUCGACACAACAACGACGUCGUUUACUUUCGAUUCUAACGAGACAAAUGACAACAAUGACUUUAUUUCAUAUUGCUCCUGUAAUUUUAUUUCAAGCUCCAUUUGCUGUUUCACAAUGUUAUUUUCUUACAGUGGGUAUUAGUAAGGAGCCUAUCCGUGCAGCACAAGAACAAAUAGUUCAACAAUUUUCUAAUGUUCUAGGCUAUGGAAUAUAUGCAGUAAGAGAUCUCGUCUCAAAUGCUAAAAACAUAUGA